AUGCCGGGCCCAAAGGGAUUGCCAUUCAUAGGACAAGCUUUAGAUUUGUUCAAGAAUGCCAAUAAUCCAAAUGCUUAUUUCACCGAAUUGGCCAAUCAAUAUGGGGAUUUUGUAAAGAUUAAAUUAUUGAAUAACAAGAUGGUCAUUUUGUCAGAUCCAAAGGCAGUUCGUGAGUUAGCAAGAGGGGAAGAAGGAAGAUUAACUCUUCAUGCAUCAAGACAUUACAAACUUGAAAAGGGAAUGAUUAGGGUUACAAUGGACUAUUUCAAUCAUGAGAAUUGGAAUGAUAUUCGUCAAGUUUUGAAUAUUCCCCUCAAGCCACAAUAUUUCAACGAAGUCAUUUUGCCACAAUUGACUGAAUUGAACAAUGAAUUAUUGAAAUCAUUUGUUAAUACCUUGAAAUUUGAUGAAAAUUCAAAACAAUAUUAUUUUGCUGAUCCAAUGUAUGAUAUUAUGAGUCAAUUCGCCUUUAGUGCAGUAAUCAAAGUAUUCUUGGGUGUUAAAGUGACUGAAAAGGAAUUGAUUGAAAAAUUAGGAUUCACAGUUAGACAGUAUAUUAAGGAUGCUGUUGAUACUACUGAUCUAAUCCUCAAACUUCAAUACCAACCAGGUCUUUACAAGUACGGCUACAAAACAAAGGAUUAUAAGGAUUUUGAAGAGUUGAGUGAUAUUUCCUUUGGACGUGGAUUCAAGCUUGUUGAUCUUUUAUCUGAUCGUUAUGAUGGUAAAAUUCCAAGACUCAAAGAAUUGGUCGAAGAAAGAGCAAAGAUGGCUGGUUUUCUUUCUGAAGCAACAACUACUGUACUCUCUGCAUUCAUGAUUGGUGGUGUCGAUGUUACAGCUCGUAUGAUGACUACUUUGUUGUAUAGAAUUGCUCACGAAAAGGAGUGGGCUCAGAAAUUAUAUGAAGAGACAGCUCAAGUAUUUGGUGAACCAACUGCUGAUGAAUUGACAAUGGACAGUGUUAUUCCAGUAAGAAACUCUCGUCUAUUGACCAAAGACACUAUUCUUGGCGCUUACAAAUUAGAAAAGGGAACCCAGGUCUUAUUCUUGGAUGUGCCAUCAGUUCAAUCCAAAUAUGUUCCACGUGGAAUUGAAUUUCUUCCAGAACGUCACAUCAAGGGAUCUGAAAUAAGCGAGCCAAAGGAUUACCUUGGCCCAUUUGGAACUGGAGCUCGUAAAUGUCCGGGAGAAAGAGUUGCCACUAAUGAAAUUUACUUUGCCUUAAUAGCAUUAGUUAGACAUUUCAAGUUGACUCAUUCCAACGGAAAUGAAUUUCCACCAUUUUCAGUUGAAAAGAGUAUGUACUAUAUGGAUCCCACCAAAUAUAGAGUAUUUUUCACUCCAAGAGAUCAUUUACUUCCAUACUUUAAAUAG